AUGGCGAAAGGACCAGCGGUUGUGUUUGUCGCGAGGCACGGCGCCCGUCUCGAUGCUGCCGACAAGCAAUGGCAUCUUACCUCCCCUACCCCCUACGAUCCUCCCCUCACAUACGGUGGCUGGUCUCAAGGAAAGGCCCUCGGUCUGCGCAUUGCCUCGCUGCUCCACCAGCGUGAGCUCGAAAAGGCCAAAGAGGCGAAGAACGGGUCGGAAGUUGGCGUAGCGCAUCCAGGGACCAAAAGGCGGAAGCACAAGAUCAUCAUACACUCGAGCCCGUUCCUGAGAUGUACACAGACGAGUACGGCCGUUGCCGCAGGCAUAUCUCAAUUCAAGCCACCGCGGGAAGAGCCUCCGACUACAGCCGUGAAUCUGAACGUGCCGCAGCCCUCUGGUGAGAGGGAGAAGAGCCCUCUGGGAAAGGAUAUAUCCACUUCCUCAGCCGUGCAGCCCGUCCGUGGUAGACAAGCAAAUAAAUCCGAGCCCGAAUCACCGCCAAAAUCCCGCAAGUCCGGAUGGCUGCGAUUGACCAACCCUGCAGUGAACUCCAAACCGUACAUUGGACCGGAGAAGAUACUGUUGCGCAUUGAUGCUUUCUUGGGCGAAUGGCUAUCUCCAGACUACUACGAAGACAUUACACCGCCGCCAAAUUCAACCAUGAUGGUCGCGGGCGCAAAAGCAGAUUUACUAAGAAGAAGCGACUAUAUCGAAGCGCCGCCCAGCAAACCUAGCAGUGCGCUUCCCCAGCGCGAGCGAUCGAACAGCCAAGGGAGCAUGCUCAGCAGGCAGCGUUCUAGAUCGCAAGAACCUCACGGCCCCGCCGAGCUAUCGGUGACACACAAGCCGAACGGUCGCCUUUACGAUGCUCCAAUCCCGGCAUAUGCCGUUUCUCCAGCGGAGCCGAUCCCUCGAGGAUAUGCUACCCACGCUCGAGAUGCGUGUCUCAAAGUCGAUUUUCAGUGGGACAGUAUGAGGGAGCCACAGCAAUGGGGCGACGGUGGCGACUUCGGCGAUGAGUGGAGCACCAUGCACAAGCGCUUCCGCAGGGGGCUCGCUGGCAUGAUGCAGUGGUACAGGGAGCAUGGCACGAAAACACUACCGCCCCAGAACAUGUUCCCUGGCUUCACGUUCACCGAACGCACCACUUCUGCGCCGAAAAAGGCGACACCUGCCCCCUUACCAACGAAAGAGAAGGAAAAAGAAGACGAAGAAGAGGACGAAGAGCUCGUGCUUGUGCUGAUAACACAUGGCGCGGGUUGCAAUGCACUGCUCGGAGCGAUCACCAACCAGCCGGUGCUCAUGGACAUUAGUCUGGCGGCGCUGUCUAUGGCCGUACGGAGGGACACGCCGCGACCAACAUCAUCUUCUACCGUCUACGCCCGCAUAUCAUCAGUCGUGGACCCAGGCAUGGCAGACACGUACGAGAUGAAGAUCCUCGCCUCCGUCGACCACCUCCGUCCUGGCGUCGACCCAUCGAAACCCCCACAACCCCAAAAGCCUGCCGCAGUCGCCAGCCCAACCAUCGGCCUCGACUACCGCCCGCCGCGCCGUGUGGGCGCAAGCGGAACCAACACCCCCACCAGCCAGAUUGACUCGCCGCUCACCCUGGGCCCUUCCGCACGCUUGGGCUGGAACAGCUCCCCUCGGCAGCAUCCGACGCACGUCCAACUACGGCUCGGGCUCGGACUUUGCGUCGACUACUGCAAGCGGCUCUUCGUCCCCGAGCGCGACCUACGCUCGACCUCCAUCAACGAUACCCCGGUCGACGGCCGCGCGAGCCCUGGUGCCGAAAUGGUCGAGGCCUUCCGGAACUCGCAACCUACAUCGGAGUCGACUCAAGAGCCUGCGCCCACUUCUGAUAUUCCUGCCGUAGAUGGCGCGGCAUCGCCGAAAAUGCCGGCAGUGAACGGCAACGAGGACGCCGAGAAGCACGACGAUGUGGCGCCGCUGAGUAAUCCUAAGCGGGCACCAAAUGCACCCAAGAAAGCCGGUGGAGGUGGCGGUGGAGGAGGACUCUGGGGCGCGCCGAAACAGCAGGAGAGUACGAAUGGGCUCUGGAAGAACAGUUCUGUGCUUUGGGGGCCGCCGAAGCUGGAUGAGGUGUAUGAGCAUGUGGCAGGGCCAAAGAGGAGGUGGACGAUGACGGAGCGGGAGUAG